AACAUAAAAAAAAAAAGAUUUAAAACUAAUUUAUAAAUCGUUUCAAAAGAAAUAUUACUUAAAUAAAUUAAAUUCUUUGAAAAAAUAAACGAAAAUUAGUGCCUACAUUGUAUUAAUUUAAAAAUAUAUUAAAAUAAAUUAAAAUGAAUACAACCUCAAUAAUUUUUUUCGGAAUAAUUAUAUUUUUAUGGUUGUUCUGGUUGUGGAGGAGACGAAAAUAUUAUUAUAUGGCAUAUAGUUUACCAGGACCAGUAGGAUUACCAAUUAUAGGAAGUGGAUUAAAUUUCAUAGAUACAUCAAAAGUCUUAUAUUAUCUCAUGCAAGGAACUGAAAAAUAUGGACACUUAUGGACAGGUUUUCUUGGACUUAAACCAUGUAUUUUAACUUCAGAUCCGGAAGUAAUUGAAGAAAUUUUCACAAAUGAACUUUUUGUUGAUAAAAUGGAUAUUUACAAUGUCAUUAACGAUUUUUUAAAAGAAGGACUUUUCACUUCCAAAUAUGAUAAAUGGAUUGUUGCACGAAAGCAUAUAAAUAAAGCAUUCGCACAUAAAAUUCUACUUGAUUUUUUUCCAAUUUUUAAUCAAAAAGGUAGAGAACUUUCCGAUGCUUUUGAAAGUUUAGCAGGAAAAGGGGAAAUCGAUAUUUAUGGAUAUAUACAUAAACUUCAAUUGGACACAGCUUGCAUAACAACAAUGGGACAAGAAACGAAUUUUUUAAGAGGCAGCAAUCCUGAGUUAUUAAGUUCAUAUGAAUUUUUAAUAGAAAUUACAUCAAAUAGAAUAUUUAAUCCAUUUUUAACAAACAGUUUCGUAUUUAAAUAUUUAUAUCCAAAGAAGAAGAAAUUUGAUCAUUGUAUGCGUGUCAUGCAAAAGAAUACUCUAAAAUUUAUCGAGAAAAAAAUUGAAGAUAUCAAGAGAGCACAAGAGGAAAAUACGAAGGAAAAUAGUUCACCAGAAGAUGAUUUUAAUAUUACCAAAUCCAAAUCGAUUUUUAUUGAUAUAAUGGUAAGGGAAUAUUUGGCCGGAAAUUUUACAUGGGAAGAAUUGCAGCAUGAAGUAAAUACAAUGAUAGCAGCUGCUUAUGAAACUACAACAAAUGUUUUAUAUAUGGCACUUCUUCAUUUGGCCAUGUAUCCUCAAUGUCAAGAUAAAUUAUAUGAAGAAAUAAUAUCAGUUACAUCAGAAGAUGACACUUUUAUUACAUAUGACGAUGUUCAACAAUUAGUUUAUACAGAAUUAGUUAUGAAUGAAACAAUGCGUUUAAUAAGUCCAGUUCCAUUAAUUGGACGUAAUGCAAUUAAAGAUGUUCGAUUAAAAAAUAAUUUAUUAAUACCGAAAGAUACAAAUAUUGUUAUCAAUUUACUGAGUUUACAUCGUAGAAAUGAUAUAUGGGGUCCAAAUGCUGAUCGCAUAUUUAAUCCAGAAAAUUUUUUAAAAGAAAAUCUCGUUAAUAAACAUCCAUAUUCAUUUGUACCAUUUACAAAAGGUAUAAGAAAUUGUAUUGGAUGGCGAUAUGCAAUAUUUUCUUUUAAAAUAAUGUUAGCAAUAAUUAUAAAACGUUUUAAAGUUAGUACAACAUUUAAAUAUGAUGAUUUAGUAUAUAAAGAACAAAUUAUUACAAAAUUUAAAGUAAAUCCUAAAAUAAGUUUAACAUUAAGAAAAAAUGUUUAAAAUAUCACGAAGGAAAAAUUCUGUAACUGUAAUCUAAAAUAAGGUAUAGAUGGUAAACCAAGAUUUGGUUUUAUUUUUGUUUUUUAGUUUUUUAAAUAUCUUUCAAAAUUUUCGAUUUUCUGUAAAAUUUUUUUUCAACGUUCUAAGGAACAAAUUUUGUUCGCAGCAUUUAUUUAACUUUACUUUUAACAUCCGGUCUAAUUAUACAAUAACAUCUACUACAUAUUCAAAAUAAAAUUUCGUCAAAUUUGCAUAAACAUUUUUAAGUAAAAAGUAGUUUAAUCAAUUUAUAAAUUGAUACUAAUAUCGUAUAUUAUAAAAAAAAUAUCUUAUUAUACAAUUUAUUGAAUUAUAAAUAUUAUAUUAAAAAUAAUAGCUUAUAAUUAAAAUAUUUCAAAAGAAACUAUACUUUGAACUUCUCAUUAUGCAUUAUAAUUAUUAUAGUGUUAUAAAUGUAUUGUUAUAUAGGAAUAAAGUCCAAUAAAACUUGUUUUAAUUA